UUAGAUUAAAAAAAAGUGUGUCUGGGGGCCGGUAUAUCUAUUUUUAGGAAUACUAAUACAAAACCUCACAAUAAUGAUUGAAAGCUAAAAACAGUAUGACAGACCGCCUUAAAAAACGGAAUGGAAUUUUGCAUUUUUUUACUGAAUGAGACACCCAGAAUGUACGUGAAAAUAAAGAAUGUGGGAUUUACAAUGUUAACUAUGACCGAUAAAACACUGAAUAUUGACAACAUAUUUUACAAUCAACACAACCAAAAUGCAACAAACAGUGAAAUAUGAACGUGAAAGGUAAAAAAAACCCCACCUUGUCAUGAUCCAUGGUCCGGAUCAUGUUUGUUUAGUUAUUUUCUGUUAGUUUUUGGACUGCUUUAGUUCUUGGUUGUGCUCUUGUGAGUUUGUUUUGGUUGUCAUGGUCACUCAUUGUGUUCACCUGUCUCUGAUUAGUGCUCGACCGCUCACAUGCUUCCUGAGCGCUAAUCAGAGGCAUUAUUUAAGUUGCCUUUGCCAGUCACUCGUUCUGCCUUCGUUGUCUUGAUGUCACACCGGCUUAUAUCUGAUUCUGACCAAACUUGUCCUGGACAAGACAGCAUGCUGAUGUCCUGAUCCGAGGGAGUCCGCCCAGACUUCAGCUAAUCACCAUUUGAUCCCCAUCAGUCCGUCAAGCUCCAACAGACGCCAUCCGUUUUACCCCCCGGGCAGCCCCCACGCCCCUGCCGCCCACGGCCUGCCGUCACCAUGACGUCGGAGCUGGAGAGUAGCCUGACCUCCAUGGAUUGGCUCCCUCAGCUUACCAUGCAGGCGGCCAUCCGCAAGGCCGACGGCCAAAAUGCCCACGGGCCUGGCAUGGGCAAGAAGAGUGCCCUCCUGGACCCCAACACCACGCUGGACCAGGAGGAGGUGCAGCAGCACAAGGACGGCAAGCCGCCCUACAGCUACGCCAGCCUCAUCACGUUCGCCAUCAACAGCUCGCCAAAGAAGAAGAUGACGCUGAGCGAGAUCUACCAGUGGAUCUGCGAUAACUUUCCCUACUACAGAGAGGCAGGAAGUGGAUGGAAGAACUCAAUACGGCACAAUCUGUCAUUGAACAAGUGUUUUCUCAAAGUGCCUCGCUCCAAAGAUGACCCAGGAAAGGGCUCUUACUGGGCCAUUGACACUAACCCGAAGGAGGACGCCCUGCCCACUCGGCCAAAGAAGAGGCCACGGUCUGGAGAGCGGGCUUCCACGCCGUACAGCCUGGAGUCGGAGUCUUUGGGAAUGGAGUGUAUGAUCUCUGGAAGUGCCUCUCCAACGCUGGCAAUCAACACUGUGACUAACAAGGUGGCGCUCUACAACACAGACCAGGAAGGGAGCGACAGUCCGAGAAGCAGCCUUAACAACAGCCUGUCAGAUCAGAGUCUGGCCUCUGUCAAUCUCAACAGUGUGGGCAGCGUGCACAGCUACACUCCGGUGACCAGUCACCCCGAACCCGUGUCCCAGUCUAUGAGCCUCCAGCAGCCGCAAUCCCAGUACAACAUGCCAGACAGAGACAAACAGCUCAUGUUCUCUGAAUUUGAAGAUCUCAGUGCCUCCUUCCGCAGCCUUUACAAGUCUGUCUUUGAGCAGUCCUUCAGCCAACAAGGUCUGAUGGGAAUCCCGUCAGAUUCCUCGCAGCAGCAGCAGACCCACACGUCCUGCUCCUAUCAGCACUCCCCGAGCGGCGCCAUCAGCACCCAGAACAACCUGUCCAACCACCAGUCCAACAACCACCCCAACAACCACUCCAACAACAGCGGCCAGGUGCCCCUGUCCCACCCGGCCCAAGCCCACCCCGGACACGGCUCUCCGCACGCGCAGCACCUCCCGCACAACCAGCACCCGCAGCACAACCAGCAUCCGCAGCACCAGCAGCACGCGGCGCAGCACCCUCAGCACGGCCAGCACCCGCCGCAACACCCGUCCCACGGCCAGCACCCACAGCAGCACACGCCGCACCCCUCUCAGCACGCUCAGCACGGCCAGCACCCUCCUCAGCAUCAGAGCCUCUCCCACCAGCCACAUCCCACCCAGCAGCAGAUGGCCUGCAAUCCAGGUUUACUUUCUGACUGGUACCCCAACCUGGAUGCACUGAAAGAAAGCUGUCGCAUUGCAAGCAGCUACAACUGGGCUGACGUCGACCUUUCACCUUUCCAAGGACUGAGGGAAAGCAUGAGGCAGGCGGAGUUGAACAACUGGUCCUUGGAACCCACCCAGAUCGCAGACCUCUGCUCGUCCAUCAACCAGUUCUUUGCCCGCACCGGCGUCAUCCAGCCACAGGGGGCGGUGCCGCCCGCCGUCUGCCACGGCCCCAUGCACCCAAACAAACCCAGCCAGCACCUCGGCACAGGAAAUCUCUACAUGGACUCCAGACAGACCAUGUCCAUGAUGGGCCCUCCAGGGUACCCUCACAUGCCCCCCAUGAGCAGCGCAGGGCCCACUAUGACCGGACACCACCCUCAGAUGAACCAGCAGCACAUGAUGCCCAGCAGGAACUUCCAGAUGCAUCGCAUGCCCGCUGACGACAUCCAGGAUGAUUUUGACUGGGACUCCAUUGUUUAGCCUCUUUUUUUGCCGGCACUCACGUGGAGGGGAGGAGCCAGAGGAAGAGGAGGAGGAAGCCCCAGGCUGUAGAGGCUGCGGGAGGGGAAGGAGGAGGAGGAUGAAGAUGCCCCCCUGCCUAAAAGGCGGGGCGUGGGCGGACAUUACAUGAGGUGAGGCCGUGACUUUUCCAGCAGCAGAACUGUGAGACAAUCAAGUGUGGUGGGACACAAUCAUGAGGACCACACCUAACCAGCCUCAUCAUCCUCAUCCUCGUCCUUAAAGCAGCCCCCUUCAAAAAAAAAGAGAAAAAAGACCCCCGCCCUACCACGCUCCCUCGCCACCACCCCCACGCUCUUUGCAGCUUCGCUUUCACGCUCUCCAUAUCUCUUCUUCUUCUUCUUCUUUUUAUUCUGUGAGUCAUGUGACCGCGCUGCAGGAGAGAGUGACGCCCCCGUGUGGCCAAACAGGGUUUUUAAACAUGGUUAUCAAAGCCUUUCUCUUUCCCAAUUGGAUUGGAUUCAUUUCCCACCAAAUAGUUCCACUCCCUGCAUCGUGUCCCGAGGGCAAUUGGCACAAAAUGGAGUCUCGGAAAAAGGAGUUUAGAACAUUCAGAGGGAGUUUUCCAAAAAAAAACGACCGCCUGGGCUCGCAUGUGGAAGAUGUAUCCACGCAGACCAGCAGGUGGCGCUUGCUACUUCCUUCUUCACCACCAAGCCAGUCGGAGCUUUUCUUCUGUCACACACGUGUUGGAAAGAAAAAUGUCUUAAAAGGUUGUUAGCUAGGGGGAGGAGUUAUGCUAGUGUUUAUACUGCAAUGCAUUCAUAUUGUGCACACACACACACACACACACACACACACACACUCCAUUGUUCAGACGAUCAAUUCCACCCAAUACUCCUAAACAAUCAAUCUGAGUGAUUAUUAUUAUUAGCUGAGGUGGAACUUAGCAUCUGUUUCAGGACGCUGGUCCACCUCCUGUUACCGUAUUUUCCGGACUAUAGAGCGCAUUGAGAUAUAAGCCACUCAAUUUUAGAAGGAAAAAAUAUGUUUCCACAGAUACAUACGUCGUGAAGUGAGUUAUUUACACAGAAAAUGUUUAUUUACAUACCUUAAUUCAGUGGUUCUUAACCUUGUUGGAGGUACCGAACCCCACCAGUUUUUUUUUUCAAAUUCAAGACAAAUGUACAUGUUUUUGGUAACACUUUAGUAUGGGGAACAUAUUCUAAGUAACACAGACUUAAUUUAGAGUUAUUUGGUUAGGGUUAGGGCCAGGGUUAGAGGGUUAGGGUUAUAAUAAGGCCAUGCAGAAUAAGGCAUUAAUAAGUACUUAAUAAUGACUAGUCAAGAGCCAAUAUGUUACUAAUUUGCAUGUUAGUAAGCAACUAAUUAAUGGUGAAUAUGUUCCCCAUACUAAAGUGUUACCAUGUUUUAUUACUGGUGCAUAAAAUCGGGUGUGUCUUGACCUCCGCCGAACCCCUGAGCCCGACUCACCGAACCCCUACGGUUCAAUCGAACCCAGGUUAAGAACCACUGCCAAACGGCGUCUGUAACACGGCAGUAAAACGGCUGAUCAAACAAAACGGAAGCUCUCCAAUCAGCUAAACAGACUCAAUAACUCCACGGUGACGUUUUAGGGAAUUUACUGAGGAACUUGUGGAACUGAAACAAUACAAAAAGAAUGCCAUUGUGAGUUAAUAAUACUAACACAGACACUCGUACAUGUAUUAGCAUAUUAGCUCAUGCUAACGACGCUAGCUUCAUUACAUUACGAUAGCACGUACAAAGACAUCACGUAUGGAACGGUUUAGUAAGUAGAAACAGUUUUAGUUAUAUUGUAUAACAUACAAACGUUGCUUUGAAGUGACGAAUGAAGAAUCCAUUCGAGUAGAAACGCCAUGGACGGCUAGAAGACUGAACGGCACUUCUACUUCCGGUUGAAAGCACUAAAUGGAAGGACACUGCAGCGAACUUGUCCAAAAGAUGGCGCCAUUGCACAAACAGUUCAACACUUUUUCAGUGUAUUUACUUGUUUGUUUGUUUUUUAAACUAGUUUUAUUUUAUUAUGGCCGUCAGUGAAGAGAAAUCUGUAAAUUAGCCGCACUGUUUCAUAAGCCGCAGGGUUCAAAGUGUAGGGAAAAGUAGGGGCUUAUAGUCCGGAAUGUACGGUCAUUAAUAACCCCCCCCCCCCCCCCUGAGAUCAUUGAUAUGAAAUGAAAGUGUGGAGAUUAAUUUGACUUUUGAAGUUUUCUAGGUUGUUUGAGUUGUGAAGGAGGAUUCUUCCAUGGAGAAGUUCUCCUUCACCCUUGAAGAUGCAGGACUUGGGUCCACGUUGAUGACAAUCUGUUCCAAGUCCUGCAGACCCUCUUUGCUGUCUUGAAAGAAGCCCUUUCAAACUCUAAAUGCUGCGUUUGCUUCAAUCAAAGUUAAGUUGAGACGUUAAAUUGUAUUGUUUAUGUGGUUCUUUAGAAGCUGGAGUUCCACAAGUGACUGCAGCAGCGUGUCCUUAAAGAAAGAAAAAGCAAAAGGAAGUAAGCAAAGGGCGUGUCAAAGUUUCACGUACGUACUUUUUGUUUGUCACGGACCGCCACCAACCCAUUGUAGCGCACCUGCUCCGCCAGAGAAUAAGGAGACGUAGCAGGAAGGAUCAUUAGCGUUGCAACUCCUUUAGUUCCUUAAAAAAGGUGACUGGUGACAAAUCUAGCCAAGACUUUUGGAGACUCUGAUUUAAAAACAUGUAUUGCUCUUCUCAACGAGCAUCAGGUGCUGCUGUGGCCCCUCCCCCAUUUCAAACACUCACAGGUUUAACAUUUAAAAAAAGAAGCUACUGGAAAAAUAAUUUGUAUUUCUAAACGUUUUGUACUCAAACCCACCAGCACCAUGAAUAGAUUGCAGUUCUGUGGUUUUUGACCAAAUUACCAAUUUAUUGUUUUGUUUUUAUUAACUUAUGAAUAACAUUCUCAGUGAGUGUUGAUCUUUUUAAUUGUUCAGAACUCCUGUUUACAUACAAAUCAGAUUUUUUUUUUUUUUAAACUUAAUUCCUAAUAGGGUUCAUAUUGUCUUAAUUGUUCUGAACUCCUGUUUCGAAACAAAAUAUAUUUUUUAAUUUAAAUCAGUUAACACAAUUCUUAUCAAAUUAAUAUUUUUAAAUGGUUCUGAACUCCUGUUUCCAGACAAUGUGCUUCUUUUUUAAUUCAAAUUAAUUAAUGAAAUCAUUGAAGGGAUUUAUAUUUAUUUUAAUUGUUCUGAACUCCUGUUUCCAGGCACACAAUUUUCUUCUUUUGAAAAUUCAAAUUCGUUAAUAAAUUUCUUAAUAAGAUUAAUUUUUUUUAUUGUUCUGAACUCCUGUUUCCAGGCUUUUUUGUAUUUAAAUUAAUUAAUUUAACUCAUAGUAUGAUUUGAUAUUUAUUUAAUUGUUCUAAAGCUCUGUUUCUAGACACAAUUUUCUUCUUUUUUAAAUUCUAAUAAACUAAAUCCUUAAUAGGUUUGAUAUUUUAAUUGUUCUGAACUCCUGUUUCUAGGAAUCUUUUUUUUUUUAAAUUAAAAUCAAUUAAUUUAAUUCUUAAUGGGAUUUGGUCUUUUUUUUAAGUCUUCUAAACCGUGUACAGACAGCUUUCUUAUUUAUGAAAUUCAAAUUAAUUAAUUAAAUCCUUAAUAGAUUAAUAUUUUUAAUUGUUCUGAACUCCUGUUUCCAGACAAAAUGUGCCUAUUGUCCAAAUGUAAAUCAACUAAAUUAGGGCUGCAACAACUAAUCGAUUAUAAAAAUAGUUGGCGAUUAAUUUAGUCAUCGAUUCGUUGGAUCUAUGCUAUGCACAUGCGCAGAGGUUACUUGUUUUUUUUUUUUUUUUUUUUUUUUUUUUAAAUAAA